GGUGUUCAUAUAGUAAAUGUCAACAGACUUUGGUAGUGGGAGAGGUUAAUAUGAAUCUAUGUAGGAUAUGAACCAGAAAAUGAUCAUUACUGGCUUGACACCCCCGGACAGGCAACAGAGACAUCGUAUGUGAAGGGUUUAUACCUGGGAAGCAUUCAGCAAUACGGAAUUCGGAUAUCAGCGUAUUUUUUAUUGCAAACAGACAUGCAGAUUCCGGAUAUACGGAGUACUACAUAUACUUGUGAUUUAUGAUGGAUUUGCUUGCUGAAAUAGAUAAAGCCGACAAGAUGAGGAGGGCCGGACGGAUAUAAGACCGACAUGUCCAUACCGGACGCAUGGACAUCUGACAGGGUCGACUUCAAUGGCAAGGCCAGAGUCGUCAAGCUUGUAACUGGCAUAAAGGAUGUAGGAGCCGCCAAAGUGAAAAACUUGUCUAAAUCCAACACCAGUAGUACUCAUGCCAGCCAUAAGUCCCGCUCACAGAAGGCGCUCCAACUGAAGGCCAAACACUUCUCGGAUAAACCCGUGGUUCGAACCAGUCAUCAGGAUGACAGGCCACUCACCACCAAACCUCCGAUAUUUCCAGGAGCAUACUUCAUGCCAUCAGAAAAUCCAACAGCUACUUUGCUGACCCAAAUGACUGUUGGGACCAACAGACUAACAGAUAGCCAGGCUGAUUAUCUUGAAUCAGUUCAAACCAAUUCGUCCUCUACACCUAGAGGAGUUCCAAUGGUAGACAUUGGUUGUGGCGGAUUUCUUUCCUCUGGAAUCACCAACGAUAUAACAAUGACAAAACGUGCAUUUAUCAGCGAGUCACAGUCACGUGAACGAAAGCAGACAGCAUUGCGUAAAUCUCAGUCCAUGGCGGUACGUCCGAACGCUAACGUAGAGCAGAAUUCAAAACCGCAAACGCUUUUUAACAAUUCAAACGAUGCUCCACCAAGACAAGCACCAAGCGGUAAAUCCCUUUGUUACCAUGAGUCAUUCAAGCGCGGAGGAGAUCUACUUCCGGUCUACGAUAAGAGUGAGUUGGACACUUGUAAUGAUCAAAUCGAUCUGUUGUUACCAGGAGUUGUAAGUGAAGCGACACCUAGGAGAUCUGGUCAAUCAGGUUCAGCUGUAAAUUCGCGGACUCCGAACUGCUGUAGUUGUUGUAGUAUGUGUGAUGGCCCAGGCGAUUUCCGUUUCCUGGUCCCCGGGGCAACGCCCACUUUGAACCGAAAAUCAAGCACGAGCUGGGAGAACAACGGGAUGUUUGGUGCACCACAACAACAGUGCGAGUGUAGGCAAUGUCAUGAGGAAAAUGGUUUGCCGCCUAAGAAAUUGGUGCAAUAUCGCCACGGCGACGUCAUAAAGACAUUUGAUUGGCUAACAUCAGAUUCACAGGAAACUGCGCUCUGAUUGGUCGAUAUGUUUUUUGUUUACUGAUGAUUUUGCCUGUGUUUUGUUUGUGCAAUACAUUUUGAUUUUGUUUCUACGUAAAAAAAGGUAAACUACAAUACAUCCAUCAUGGUGGCCACAGCAAACGGAAGUGACGUCUGUAGGUGGUCUCUGUGGUAACCGAGUGUAUUGUAUAAUCACCAUCGAUUCAUUUAAGUUAUUUUCAAACAGCCCGUGUUGUUCCAAAACACCAAUACUCUUCACGCGCUUUGUAUGUAGAUGUGUGCUACCAGUGUGUGCUUGCUUAACACAUCGAGAUGAAAAUAUAUCGACGUUUUGGGGAUUUACUUGAUCAAAGAACCAUUUUUGAAUUAUUUGAAUGAUUUAGAUUGGCAUGCUUUGAAACUAUUCUUAAGUAUUGCUUCCUUGUACGCGAGUUCGAAUUUUGAAAGGACAUUUUGCCUGAAUAUAUGUAGUAGACGUGAAGGAAUAGUGAAAAUGAAAAUGUAAAUACAAGAAAAUGUAAAUACUAUACAAGUAUUAAAUUGUUGUCAAAA